AUGCUCUACUACCCAACCUCCCACAACCACUACACCUUCACUUACGCUCUCAAGGCAUGUUGCUUCCUCCAUGAUAACAACAAGAGCCGGGAAGUCCACGCCCGCGUCGUAAAAACCAAGCACUUUUCCGAUACCUUCGUCCAAAACUCGUUGCUUCACUUCUACGUAACCCAAGUUGACAUUGUAUUUGCUACUUGGGUUUUCGAUUCCAUACAAAACCCUGAUGUUGUUUCGUGGACUUCGAUGAUUUCGGGUCUUAACAAGUGUAGAUUUGUGGAGGAAGCAAUUGUUAAGUUUAUGUCCAUGGAUGUGCCGCCUAAUUCUACUACUCUUGUCAUUGUCAUGUCCACUUGUUCGAGUUUAGGAGCUUUAAAGUUUGGUAAAUCUGUUCAUGGAUAUUGUAUGAGGAAGUUAUUUGAAAGGAAUGUUAUUUUGGACAAUGCAGUGUUGGAUUUUUACAUGAGAUGUGGGUCUUUGGUGAGUGCACGGUGCCUGUUUGUAAAUAUGCCCAAAAGAGAUGUGUAUUCUUGGACUAGCAUGGUGGGUGGUUAUGCACAAAGAGGAUUUUGUGACGAGGCAGUGAAGCUUUUUCAGGAGAUGGUUCAGGGAGAGGAAGUUGAGCCUAAUGAGGAUACCAUUGUAAAUGUAUUGUCAGCGUGUUCUUCGAUUGGGGCAUUGAGUUUAGGCCAGUGGGUAAAUUCGUAUAUAAGUGCACGGCCAGAUCUCGUGUUGAAUGGCAUUCUGGGAAAUGCAUUAAUAAACAUGUAUGUAAAGUAUGGGGAAGUAGCAUGUAGUCACGAAUGUCUAGUUGAUCAAGGGUUGAUGAUUUUCAAUGCUAUGAAAAAUGUUUAUUGGAUUGCCCCUCAAACACUGCACUAUGCCUGCCUAGUUGAUAUGUAUGGUCGAGCAGGGUUCUUAGAAGAAGCAGAGAAUUUCAUGAAGGAAAUGCCAACAGAAGCAGACGGCGUUGUUUGGGGAGCGUUGCUUAAUGCAUGCAAAAUUCAUGGGAAUGAGAAGAUGCUUAAGAGGAUCAGAAAUGGUCUCCUCUAG